AUGUCUAAAUCUUCGGAUCAGUUUGACAACUCGGACUGCGUGUGUUCUUUCGGUAUGAAGCUAACGUGGGACAUCAACGAUCCAAAACUUCCACAGGACUCGAAGCAGUACGACGUGUUUCAGGAGUGGACGGACGGUUAUGUGCGCUACAUCUACAGCGCAGAGGAUAAAAAUGCGCAGCGCCACUUGAGCGGUUGGGCCAUGCGCAACACCAACAACCACAACUGCCAGAUACUAAAAAAAUCCUGCCUGGGGGUCGUGGUUUGCUCCAGAAACUGCACCAUGACUGACGGUACCAAACUCCAACUGCGACCCGCAAUCUGCGACAAAGCGCGUCAGAAGCAGCAGAAAAAGCUCUGUCCAAACUGUAGCACAGCUCUGGAGUUGGUUCCAUGUCGAGGCCACAGUGGAUAUCCAGUCACCAAUUUCUGGAGAGUGGAUGGGAAGGCCAUAUUCUUCCAGGCUAAAGGAGUUCAUGAUCAUCCACGACCUGAAAGCAAGUCAGAAACUGAAGCGAGGAGAAGCGCUGUGAAGAGAAGAAUGGCUUCACCUCAUUUCUCCCAAAAAAGGAGGCUCAUAGAACCUGAGACUGGCCGCUACCAUGACAUGCCUUUCCCCAACAUCCACCAGCUUACCAUGGAAGCCCCGGACCGCUACAGCAUCAUCGCGGAGUCCAACUUUCCUAUCCAGACACAGCACUACGCUCCGUUCCAGAAUGCAGAGCCUUAUAAAUUUCCCUAUGACACACACAGUGCCACAGCCAUGACCGACACUGCCAGCCCUUUGCAAAAACCUGCCAACCACCGCCUGUACAUGGCACGACCUCCAUGCGGAUACGACUUUGCAGUGCCGGGCUACCUUGGCUCUACACCCUACCCUACACCACUGUAUAAGGACCCCGCCAGCCCUCAGAGUGAUCCUGAACUCAGUAAAAGCAGCAACGGUUUGAGCGGGAUGCCUCACAGCACCAGCACACUCCCAAACCAUGAGCGCACUUAUGCAGAUAACACCAAGCACCACAGCUGGAAACAGAUCCUGGGCAAAGGGCCAUACGCAGAGAGAGGGGAUUACUCACAACUUUCCGCCAACACCAACCACUAUUACAAUCCUGAAUAUCCAUGCAGGUAUGCAGGACCCGCUCCGACUACUCCGACAGCUCUCCAGACCAUCAUAACCACCACCACUAAAGUGUCCUACCAGCCCUGCCCCAAGCCAUCCGUAGUGAAAUACGGUGAGAACAUCUAUGACGUGAAGGGUCUGUCUAACUGUAACUCUCUCCUCGAGGAGACUUCACCCACCACGUACUCCGACCUGAAAAUCCCAGAGGACUCGGGCGUGAUAAAAACAGCUCUGUCCUACCAGGACACGCUUCCUGCGAAAAUCGAAAGGGCAGAGAACUUUGAGGGCUAUCGUUACAGCAGUUACAGCUCGAACAGCUACCCGGAAAGAGUGGCACAUCCAUACAGGUACGAGAGUGGAGAGUACUAA